CUUAUUAAUCAUUCGAUAUUUAAUGCCUUGGUUGUGUACAUAACUCAAGAAAGGGAAAUAAGUGUGCUUGUAAUUUAUUUAUCAACAAACAUUUUUGUUAAAUUCAUUAAGUGAAUAAUUUAGAUGUUAUAUAUCACAAUAGAAAAUAUUCCUAUGAGAUGUUUUAAUUAUGAUAUUUCGCAUAUUAUUCAUUAUCUUUACAUAUACGAGUAAUAUUUUCAUGAUUAAAACAGACAAUGAUAACAUGUAUUGCCGUGAGAAGGAUAGAUUGAUUACUUCCGACGAUAGUGAUGAAUAUUUGCUUGCAAGUGCUGAAAUCGAUACGAUGGUAAAGUUAUUGUGCCGAUAUUGUAAUGAUAAUGAAGAAACACAACCCAAAAUAUGGUAUUAUCAAGAUCGGUUGCAAACUUUACCAGAAAGAGAAGUACAGUUAGGGAUGGACAACAAUGUAUCAUAUAAUAGAAUUUAUGUAACGUUAGGUCUUUCAUUAGUGAUAAAAAAUAUCAAAAAGACAGAUGCAGGAAUUUAUCGGUGUCAUGGUCAAGAAGGGCAAGAGGAAGAAUACAAAUUUAACUACAGAAUAGAACCAAUAUUUAAAGAUCAAAAUACAUUUAUAGAAACAGGAAACAUUACUAAAUGGGAAGAGUAUCGUGUAAUAAAUUUACUAUCUGUGACUACACGCUUUGCUGUAUCUAAAAUGCUUGAUCUUGUCUAUCUACGACAAGAAGGCAUUAUUCUAGAAGUAAUUUCUGAAUGGGGACCAUGGGGUCCAUGUGAAAAAUGUAUACAUAAUCGAGGAAUUAAAACCCGUAGAGGAUAUUGUAGAUUGAAGCGUCAAUUUGAUAAAAGCAUUAUACUGGAUCAUACUUCUUUAAUUGUAAAGUUUUUUAAUAAGACCUCUAUGCUUCCAUGCAAAUCCAUACUUCUUCAAGAAGAAUUUCCUAUUGUCAGUAGUGCUGUAAAAUAUUUGCCGGAAUUUGUUUUGGAAGAGGCGUGUAAAAAUUAUACAAAAGUAAAGAAAAAGAAAAAAGGGAAAAAAUUUAAAUAUAGAAAGCAGUAUGUGUUCUCAGAGGGCGCUCAUUUUGCUAUUUCGUGUCCGGAAUCAGAUCUGCAAUCGCAAAUAGUUUGGAAAAAAGAUUCCAUUGUUUUGAAGCAAGGUUUAAGUCGAUCGUUUCGUAAAACAGAUGCUGAAGCUCGAAUGAUGGUUGACACAUUUUCAACACUUUACAUAAUUGAUAUUACGAAAGACGAGGAAGGUAAUUAUACAUGUUACGUCGAUAACGUUAAUAUGAUGCAAAUGAAGAUCAUUGUUGUUCUUAAAUCGAGAUUUUGGACAUUAGUAUUUUUGCGUCACAUGGGUUAUCUUGGAUUCAUAUUAUUAUUAACUUCAUUUUGUUAUUGUACCGGUCUGAUUAUAACGUGUAGACGAAAGGAUACCUUUAAAGUAAUGUUUCCUGAGAAGAAGGACGUGCAAAGAAAAAUACAAUAUAAUGGAAAAGAAAAAAUAGAAGAAGAAAGUGAUCUUACAAUAUGCGUGGGAAAUGAAAAAUAAAAUAACAAAUGUAUAGACAUCUGAUGCUAUAUAUUAUAAUAAUAUUUAUAUCGGUAUCAAACGUAAUCAUACAUGAAAGAAUAAUUAAUUACCAUUUUUCAUAAUAAUUGUAUUUAUUAUUAUAGUUUUUUGAAACAAACGUAUAUCCUGUUCGUUCAUUAUCUUAUAAAGGGAACGAUGAUGAUUGUCGCUUAAUAGGAUGCUUUGAACGCAUCGCGAUAAUGGAAAAUUGUUGUUUCAUAAUUAUAGACAUUCUUUUCAAGCCAACGAUCGAUGAUUCGUCUGAAGAAAGUAAUUAUCGUCGGCGCACGAUUCUUUUUUAUUGAUACAUAUACAUAUACAUAACAUAUACAUAUACAUAUACAUAUACAUAUACAUAUACAUAUACAUAUACAUAUACAUAUACAUAUACAUAUACAUAUACAUAUACAUAUACAUAUACAUAUACAUAUACAUAUACAUAUACAUAUACAUAUAUAUAUACAUAUACAUAUACAUAUACAUAUACAUAUACAUAUACAUAUACAUAUACAUAUAUACUUAUGGUGUACGGCCUUAAAGCUAAGCGAAGAACUCAAGAGUCAAGUGAAAGGAAAGAGACUGCGUUAUACGCGUAGCCCUCUCUGGUAAGUCUGUUAGUCCUACCGGUUAGUUCCAAAAUGGCUGUGCUCGAUCGUUUCUCCUUGAUAUUUCACCUUCCGCCGUUCUUGGUGACUUUCAACGCGUGAAUCUCACAUUCGUGUUUAUUUAACGAAAUAGAACGA